CGUUUGCGCAGAUCAAAUACAAUCAAACGGUCGGUUUUGUCGGUUGAGUGCGCGAAGGGUCGUAAAGCAUCAGGCCGUCGGCGCUGGCCCGCCUCGCGUUGGUUGGACGGCGAAGCGGUAUAUAGUUCAGUCGAAGCCUUUACCAAAGGCAGACGGCAGUGUCGUUUCACUGCCCCACGGUUCCGUUCCGUUGUAGUUUGUGCUCGUGGUGAUAUUUUCUCGGACGGUUAUCUAAUGAUAUAUGGUUUCCACGAUAAGAUUAACGCUACCCUAAAACCAAACCAAAAUAUUCAUUCCAAAGUGGCUGUUGGUGACGAAUCAAACCAAACUCGCAUCAUUCUCGGUCUCCUCCGGUUAGGAGUGGGAAAAAAGAUUCAUAACACCAGAAAGUGAUACCACCAACGAGGCACACCCCAUAGCGUGUCGCGCCUUGUUCGACCGUGUUCCGUUUGGCUUCCGAGCCAACGGGGGGUUUUUUGUUGUCGUUUUUGAUUUCUUCGCAAUCUGUAGGGGUGUGCAUUGCGAUUCAAACAGGACGUUCCAAUUGCAGUAGCAUCAGCAGCGGACAGCAGCGUGGUGACGGAUUUGUCACAAAACCCGACGGGAAACGCGCGGCGGAAGCGUUUGCAAACGGAACAGAGAAAAGUGAUACCAAAAUGCUGGUCGAGUUGAGUCUGAGGCAGAAGUUCGUGACGCUGGCCGGAAUCACGGCAGCCGGCAUGGCGGCAUCAUUAGCGAUCGGACAGAGAUUGAUACCGCAGUCGAUACUGACCGGGAUCGUCCUGUACCUCAUCACCGGCGAUCGCCCAUCGACCGUGUACGCCAGCAUCCUGUCGCUCCCGCGAGACUUACGGACGGCGGUGAUAUUCCUGAAGCUGAACGUGUCUCUCUACCGGCAUGAGCGAUCCGGCGCGACCGUGGUACAGAUCUUCGAGCGCGUGGUCGCCCGCCACCCGAACAAGGUCGCCUUCCUGAUGGACGACGGUCAGCUGACGUUCGCGGAGGUGAAGCAGCUGGCGGACCGCAUCGCGGCCCACUUCUACGCCCGCGGCUUCCGGAAGGGUGACACGAUAGCGCUGCUGAUGGAAACGCGGCUGGAGUAUCCGUGCGUGUGGCUCGGCCUGUCCAAAAUCGGCGUCGUAACCGCGCUGAUCAACUCGAACCUGCGCAAGGAAACGCUGCGUCACUCGAUAACGGUGGCCCAUUCGAAGGCCAUCAUCGUCAGCUCGGAGCUGGCCGGAGCGAUCGCCGAAAUAAACGAGCAGGACGGCAUAAAAGGCUUGCCGGUACAUCUAUUCCGCACCGAGAAUGCCGGUGCCGAGGCCGGCGCCAGCAGUGACCCAUUGCCAGAUGCGGAAGAUUUAAGGCUCAGCCUGGAUAGUGGCAGCAGUGGCUCAAGCGUAGAUUUAAGCAGUAUCCCGAAUGAUAUAUCACCGAAAGAUAAAUUGGUUUACAUCUAUACGUCCGGCACGACCGGCAUGCCGAAGGCGGCCGUCAUUACAAACCUAAGGUACACCUUCAUGGCGUUGGGUUGCUACUACAUGCUGAGCUUCCGAGAUGACGAUAUCAUUUAUAAUUCCCUCCCCCUGUACCACUCGGCUGGCGGCAUGAUCGGGGUGGGCAGUGUGCUCCUUUGCGGCGUGACGGCCGCCCUGCGCAAGAAGUUCUCCGCUUCCAACUUCUGGACGGACUGUAUCCGGUACAAGUGCACGGUGGCACAAUAUAUUGGAGAGAUCUGUCGCUUCGUGCUGAUGACCCCGCCGAAGCCGACCGACACGCAGCACACCGUCCGGCUGAUGUUUGGCAACGGUCUACGGCCACAGAUUUGGCCCCAGUUCGUCGCGCGCUUUAAUAUUGCCCAGAUUGGCGAGUUCUACGGAUCGACCGAGGGCAAUUCAAACCUUUUAAACAUUGACAAUACGAUGGGUGCAGUGGGAUUUGUUCCGAAUUUCGCAAAGGCCAUUUACCCUGUGACGCUCAUUCGCUGUGAUGAAGAAACUGGUGAAAUCAUCCGCGGUUCCAAUGGCUUCUGCAUCAAGUGUAAACCAGGCGAGCCCGGCGUGUUCGUUGGUAAAAUAAACCCAAAGAAGGCACUCAACUCCUUCGUUGGAUACGCGGACAAGGCGGCCUCGGAGAAGAAGGUGCUGCAUGACGUGUUCCGGAAGGGCGAUAUCUUCUUCAACUCGGGCGACAUCUUGGUGCAGGAUCUGCUUGGGAACUAUUACUUCAAGGACCGAACGGGUGACACGUUCCGAUGGCGCGGAGAGAACGUUGCCUCGUCGGAAGUGGAAGGAGUGAUAACAACGAUCGUCGGAUUGAAGGAUUGCGCUGUUUACGGAGUGGAUAUCCCCGAAACCGAGGGUAAAGCCGGAAUGGCAGCCAUCGUCGAUCCGGAGGGUAAGGUGGACAUGGAGCAGCUGGCGGCCGGAAUCCGUGCCAGUCUGCCCGCUUACGCCCGACCUCUGUUCAUCCGUGUGCUCUCGGAGGUGCCGAUGACGACGACGUUCAAGCUGAAGAAACGUGACCUGCAGGUGGAUGGGUACGACCUGGGCAAGAUCCGCGACCCGAUCUACUUCCUGCAGAGCAACGGCACCUACCGGUUGUUCACGACGGCGGACCACGAGCUGAUAAAGAGUGGCAAGGCGAGGCUAUAAAGUUUAAUCGGAUGACUAGUAACAGAAAAAAAAAAAAACAAAAAAAAAAGACUAGUGCCGCUGCACACCGUUCAUAGCGGAGUGCGAUUCCAUUUAGCUAUUGUGUGGGUUGUUCAUAGCGAUAGGUUUUUAAAUACGUUUAAUAAUUGUUUUCGUCUCCACUCACGAUCACCAAACCAAAUAAGCAAAAUGACUGAAAUUUCUAAUUAAAAGAAAGGCAAACAAAACACUCCAACGCACUGUUGUCGAUGUUAGAAAAGCUCGAUAGGUCGGGCGCACCAUUGAUCUAAUCAUAUGUAUGAUAAGAUUGUUGCAUUUUUUUUAACUCUCUCAUUAUGUAGCGAAACUGUUAAACAUCUUAAGUAAACCGGUAGUAAUAAACCUUUAUUCUGUAGAAUUGAUCAA